UGUCACCUCCAUUCGUAUACAGAAAAUAGUUUCCAUUUCAAAUUCCUUGUUAAAUUGACAACAUAUUUUGAGACAACAAAAAAAUAUUUAAAAAUAUAUAUAUAAAUUACAAAAAAAAAUCGAAAAUGGGUGAGGAGAUAGAGAUUGAGGAGGCCGAGGACUUUCACAGCUUGGGCUCCAAUGAGGACGAGGCUGCCUCUGGCAGUGGCGGUGCCACCGGCGGCGGUGGCAGCACCGUUGGCGGCAGUGUUCAGGCUCGGGACGAUCGCUUCGCAGUGAAGAAGUGGGUGGCUCACGCCCUGUGGUCAUGGGACGUGGCCGUGGACAAUUGUGCCAUCUGUAGGAACCACAUCAUGACCUUGUGCAUUGAGUGCCAGGCCGAUCCGAAUGCCCACAAGGACGAAUGUACGGUGGCCUGGGGCGAAUGUAAUCACGCCUUCCACUACCACUGUAUCUCGCGUUGGCUGAAGACGCGCCAGGUGUGUCCGCUGGACAACAAGGAGUGGGUCUACCAAAAGUAUGGACACUAAAGAAGGUACCUGUAUUGGAGCCGACUUGUGCUCCCACUCAACACUGGUGUUUCGUGAUUAGCAUAUUGCAAAGACAAUAAAAUUAACAUAUAAAGUAGCCACCGUAAUCCUAUUGGCAUACCAUUAUUCAAAGAAUAAUCAGCUUGAUGUGACUUAAUCAGUCGAUAAUAGAAUUAGUUACUAGUUACUUUCUUGAGCUGUGCUUGCUGAGCUUAAUUCACAACUAAAUA